CUCUGAGCCCUCAGGUAGUUCCUGCUGCAACAGAGAGUUGUUUUGCUCGUCAGCAGAACAUGUCUGAUAACAACAAUCAGUGUUUUUCUGGAUCGAACGGCCACAUUCCCUCACAGCUGGCUGCACAAAGGCCCGGAGCCAUCGACAACCAGCCGCUGGUCACCACCGAGCCCAUGAAGGCCCCUACGUUAACCAUGGAGGGGGGCAGGCUGAAGCGAUGCUUGCAGCUGUUGCCUGGUAGAGAUUUUGAGACGGUGCCAGAGCCAGUGUGGCGAGCACUGUACCACUGGUAUGGUGCCAACAUCAGCCUGCCACGACCAGUUAUUCUGGAUGCAAAGACCGGCCAAGCAGAGCUGGAGCUCUAUCCACGCUACCUCCUCUUCCUUCGCCAGCAGCCAGCCACACGCACUCCCCAAUCCAACAUUUGGGUCAAUAUGGGUAUGACCAGCCUGAGAAUGUUCCCACCGUAUUUACCCCCACCAAGAGGUAAUGUGCCAUCCCCCAAUGCCCCUCUGAAGAGGAUGCUUGCUUACACCGGCUGCUUCAGCCGCAUGGCCACCAUCAAGGACAUCCACCUGUACCUGUCGCAGAGGCUGCGCAUCAAGGAGGAGGACAUGAGGCUCUGGCUGUACAACAGUGAGAACUACCUCACCCUUCUUGAUGAUGAAGACCACACACUUGAAAACCUGAAGAUCUACGAUGAGCAGCAGCUGGUGAUUGAAGUCAGGAACAAAGACAUGAGCUGGCCUGAGGAGAUGUCUUUUAUUGCCAACAGCAGUAAAAUAGACAGACACAAAGUGCCUACAGAGAAAGGAGCCACCGGCCUCAGUAACCUUGGCAACACCUGCUUCAUGAACUCUAGUAUUCAGUGUGUGAGCAACACCAAGCCUCUGACGGACUACUUCAUCUCAGGAAGACACCUCUAUGAGCUCAACAGAACCAACCCGAUCGGGAUGAGAGGUCACAUGGCCAAGUGCUACGGUGACCUGGUGAUGGAGUUGUGGAGUGGGACACAAAAGAAUGUGGCUCCCCUUAAACUCAGGUGGACGAUAGCUAAGUACGCGCCACGCUUCAACGGCUUCCAGCAGCAGGACUCCCAGGAGCUCCUAGCCUUCCUCCUGGAUGGCCUUCAUGAGGAUCUGAACAGGGUCCAUGAGAAACCCUAUGUGGAGCUGAAGGACAGCGAUGGCCGGCCGGACUGGGAGGUGGCCUCUGAGGCGUGGGAGAACCAUCUGCGGCGGAACCGUUCCAUCGUUGUCGAUCUAUUCCACGGGCAGCUCAAGUCUCAGGUGAAGUGUAAGACCUGCGGCCACAUCAGUGCUCGCUUUGACCCCUUCAACUUCCUGUCCCUCCCCCUGCCCAUGGACAGCUCCAUGCACCUGGAGAUCACUGUCAUCAAGCUGGACGGGUCUACUCCUGUGCGGUACGGCCUGAGGCUGAACAUGGAUGAGAAGUACACGGGGCUGAAGAAGCAGCUGAGCGAGCUGUGCGGCCUGAAGCCUGAGCAGAUCCUCCUGGCUGAGGUUCAUUCUUCCAACAUUAAGAACUUCCCUCAGGACAACCAGAAGGUCCGUCUGUCUGUCAACGGCUUCCUUUGUGCUUUUGAGGUCCCUGUGCCGGGUUCACCCACUUCUCUGAGCUCGCCCACGCUGACAGACACGACACCAACAGCCAAUGGGACAGCUGCUAAUGGGCAUGUGGGCGACAAGACCAUCCUCAUCCCUAAUGGUGCGCCCAGCACCAUGAUGCCUUCCAGCCCAGAGCCCCCCCCAGUCAAUGGGGUUGCUAAUGGACAUAUCAUCCAGGUGCAGGAAAGCCCCUUCAUCGGAUACAUCAUUGCCAUGCACAGGAAGAUGAUGCGCACAGAGCUGUACUUCCUUUCAUCUCAAAAGAACCGGCCCAGCCUGUUUGGAAUGCCGCUCAUUGUUCCCUGCACCGUCCACACCAGUACGAAGGACCUGUAUGAUGCAGUCUGGAUCCAGGUGUCCCGGCUAGCCAGCCCACUUCCUCCCCAGGAGGCCAGCAACCACGCUCAGGACUGUGAUGACAGCAUGGGUUACCAGUACCCCUUCACCCUACGGGUUGUGGGGAAGGAUGGGAACUCGUGUGCCUGGUGUCCCUGGUACAGGUUCUGCAGAGGCUGCACCAUAGAGUGCACAGAAGACAGAGCAUCAGUGGAAAAUGCUUAUAUAGCUGUAGACUGGGACCCCACGGCGCUGCACCUCCGCUACCAGACUUCCCAGGAGAGGAUUGUGGAGGAGCACUGCAGCGUGGAGCAGUCCCGUCGAGCUCAGGCGGAGCCCAUCAGCUUAGACAGCUGUCUGAAGGCCUUCACCAGUGAGGAGGAGUUGGGCGAGGACGAGCUCUACUACUGCUCCAAAUGCAAGACCCAUCGGCUGGCCACCAAGAAGCUGGAUCUCUGGAGGCUCCCACCCAUCCUGAUCGUCCACCUGAAGCGCUUCCAGUUCGUCAACGGUCGCUGGAUUAAAUCACAGAAGAUCGUCAAGUUCCCAUGUGAGAACUUUGAUCCCAGCGCCUUCCUGGCUCCCAGAGAUCUGGAGCAGCACUGCCUGCACUCCCGCAGCGAGAGCGAAGACCUGCUGAGGGUCGGAGAAGACAACUUGUCCUCCAUAUCUGCUCCUGCCGGGUUCUGCAACCUCCCCAAAGCGUCCCCCGCCUCCAGCAGGAGGUCAGCCCCUUCUCUCAGUCGAACCAGCAGUCCCUCUGGCAGCCCAAAGACCGGUGGCCGCAGACCGGGCCGGCUACGGCUGCCCCAGCUCGGCAGCAAACACCGGCUCUCCAGCAGCAAGGAGAACUUGGACAGAAGUCCAAACCCAGAAGCCGAGUCCAGAGAGGGUGCACAGCCGGUGGACCCAGAGGCGGGGCUGACGGAUGGAGCUAUGCCUGAAUGUGGGGAAUCCGAGUCAUCCUGUGGUACGGAGGCGUCCAGCAGCCACUGUGACGUGAUGCUGGUGAACGGACUGGGCUCGGACUGCAGCAUAGAGAGCAGCAUGGAGCCUGACGGUCCCCCGCUGCAGCACAGGGACGGCGCCGGCCUGGACGCCAUCUACAACCUUUAUGCAAUAUCAUGCCAUUCAGGAAUCAUGGGAGGCGGCCACUAUGUGACGUAUGCCAAAAACCCCAACAGGAAAUGGUACUGCUACAACGACAGCAGUUGUAAGGAAGUGCACUCUGAGGAGAUCGAUACGGACUCGGCCUACAUCCUGUUCUACGAGCAGCAGGGCGUGGACUACUCCCGCUUCCUGCCAAAGACCGAUGGCAAGAAGAUGGCCGACACCAGUAGCAUGGACGAAGACUUUGAGUCGGAUUAUAAGAAGUACUGUGUACUGCAGUGACCGCUGCUCGUCUUCCAUCAGCCAGCGCUUCCUGCGGUCCACGCCACACGUCAGAUCCCUCUGGAGCGUCCUCACAAACGGCUGAGGGCCACAGACGGACCCUGCUGCGCACCUUCAGAGAGCACUUUGGAAACUCUUCAGCUUAGAACAUGGGUUUGUGAAAAGGUUUGCCAAGGCCACAGUGAAGCCCCGCCUCCUCCCAGCAGCACUGCACAGGUGCACUUUGUUGAGCCUUGCAAAACAAGCUCCGCCCCUUCUUGUUGUGAAUCUCUCCAUUGCAUCCAUGUAACAUGUGCCAGCACAUCUGUGAAUGUACGGCAGUCUGACGCAUCACAUGGUGAUGAAGCGGAGAAGAGGCCGAACAGAAAGCUACGUUCCCAGUCUGUCUGUGCAGGUGUCACAUGAGCUGCCACGACCAACCCCGCCUCUGCGGGGCGUACUGUGACCAGUUUUUUAGGAAUGCUCCUCCAAAGGUUUUAGUAGUGAUAGCUCUGAUUAAGGUCAUCUGCUACCUCAUCGCUUCUCUGCAGUUUUUCCCCAGGAAAGUCUGUGACAGUGUUAUUGAUUAUGAGAGGCAGUACAUUUCAGGCCCCCCAUACGCCAAAAAGGAAAGGUCUCCCCCUUUCAGGUGGUGCACACCGGUCCUGAUGCUGAUGGAAGAUCAGGCACGUUUGUCCAACUCCCCUUUAAUUCCAGCUCUCCUAAAACCUAUGGCUGCAUGUGCCAUGUGGACCAGCGUGCAGCCACAGGGCUGUGGGGGGGAUCAUCUAAGAACGGUGCCAUGAUUUCAGAUUCUACACCUUAAGAUAGCAAAUGUUUUCAUUCAGUUGUUUUUGUAAGAUUUCUUUUAUUUUUGUAAAAGCCAGUUUGUGCUUGAGAAAGCUGUCUGAGUGUUGUGGGAACAGGCUGACUCUGCCUCACACACCUUCCCCUGGCUCCGCCUUUCCUCCCCAGGAUUUUAAAAUCUCUUUUAGCGUGUCAUUUACCUGUUAACUUGACAUACCCUGAAUGUUUCAGUCACACAAAGUGAGUGGAUCAGAAAGUAUGCAGCUCAUUAAAUCCUUAAGCAAACGCAGUGACGUGUCAUGGAUGGCAGCUGCAGCUCUCCCUGACCGUGAGAAUGAACCAACUUGAAGCCAGGCACAGAAAACCUGCAUCAGACGGCAGAACCGAGCGCUACUGCUGAAUCAUUUCAACUGAGGCCAGAAUGCAUUUCAACGUGUCCUCCAUGAAGAUUCCACUCAUCAGAUAGUUUGAGGUGUACCUGGAUUGAUGCAGGACCUGCAGCUGCUGCAGCUCUGUCUCCCACCUUCUGCUUUUAAAAGCAUCACUACAGUUGCUUGUCCUCUGUUUUAGUCGAGCGCCUCCUUGAGGCAGUGCUUCUCACUGCGGUCUCUUGCCCAUUGUCUCCCAACUUACUUCUCCCUGCUGGGUUUGGUGAAAUCACUGUGAGCGAGCAGUAGCCGUGCUGUCAGGAGGACAGAGAAAGGACUCUGUCGCUAGAGAAACUCUCUUUAGCCAGUGACAUUUGUUGAACAAAUGGAAAUACGCCUUUGUUUUCCUGCUCAGCACUGUUCUUUCUGUUUGUGUUUAGAAGUGGGAGGAGCUUCAUCUCGAAAGAGCUUUUUUUGUAAGAUUGGCUGCAGUUAAAGGUGCAAUACAUGUUGACUUUUGCGUGUGACUGACCCCGUGCAAAUCCAUGAUCUACAGCUCUGCACUACUGAACCCCACCCCCCCUUAAAGCCCCGCCCCUGAAAAACAGGUGGACCGGUGGUGCAAUCUACUACUGAGCUGACUGUCAGUGUUUGUAGCCUCUUCUUAUUUAAGUUCAUUACUGUUGAUCUUAACCUGACAUGUUAAUUUAAAGAAGAAUUUUGUAAGUUGUUUGUUGACAGAAAGUGACAUUGCACUGACAUGAAAACAUGUACAUAAAUGUGUUGUGUAAAUAAGCCAACGAAAACUAUGUAUUUGAAUACAAAGUGUACAAAUAUUGUAAUUGUAGUUGUAUAUGGAGUGAAAUUGUUGAUCUGUAACAAAAUACCCAAGCGACUAAUUAAAUUCUGCAGAGACCACAU